AUGGCCAAACCAUCCGUGGACGGCCUCGGCAAAUCCUCCCUCGAUAUGGUGGAGGACGAUGAAGUUGACAGGCUCAGUAAGUUGCCCGAUGACGUUUUGCUCAACAUUGUGGAGCGACUUGAUAUCGCUGAUGCUGCACGAGCCACCAUCCUCUCCAGACGCUGGAAGCAGAUCCCUGCUAUACUCUCAAAGAUUGUUAUAAUGGUUGCUUCUUUUCAACCCAAGCAUGAAGGUGGGAAGUUAACCUCGGAUGAUAUAGUUCGGGCCAACACCAACGUGCUGGAAGCAACGAGGAGCAUACUGGAAAAGAGGGCCGGAAGUCCACACACCAUUCACCUGCUGCGCAUGCAAUUCUACUUGGGAGACGAGUCCAUUUUCAUUGGUCGGACUGUUGCCAACACCAUAGCAACACACAAGGUUGCUUCAGUUGAGUUUACAAUCUUGACCAAGGUGCGCACAAAUUUUACCAAUAAUAACCUGCUCACUCAUGGGAGGCAGUUCAUGUCAUUCCUUGAUUCGUGUCCAAACGCAUUUGGUGGUCUUGCACGCCUCACGCUAGAGAAUUUGAGGUUAGGAGAAUCAGACUUUCCCAAAAUUUUCAGUAUAUGCAAGCAACUCGAGGUCCUCUGCCUCUACCACUGUGAUAUGGGCAUUGAGUCUUUGCUGGAAGUGGAACACUCACAACUCAGUGAACUGGUGAUUGGCCGUAGCGUGCUUAUUAAGAGGGUUGAUCUGAAGUGGGUACCAAAACUCACAGUACUGAAAUUUAAUAUGUUUCGAUCUCAAGAUGACCCCUUCUGUCUUGGCUAUGUCCCACUUCUCCAGACUGUGAGCAUCAUUAAUACUGGUUUUUCUUGGCACAAGAUGCUCAAGAUAAGUGAGUUGCUGGGUGAAACCGCCAUAAGCAACCUGCAUUUGAACUUCAAAAGUGAAAAGAUUUGGGUCAAGCCGGAAGGUCGAAGACAAUUGUUACCAGUGUUACACAAGCUAAGGCUUGUGAAUUUGAUUAACAUUUCUGAAGAAUGCGAUCUGAGUAGAGUGGGAACCAUCUGCAUCUGA